UAUAAAAGAAGAGUUCACAGCAACUAUCUGUUAAAAUUUAACAAAAACAUAUACCUUCCAUGGUGAUAUACGUUGAGUUAUAUUUCCCGCAUCUAUAUCACAACCACUCAUUUAAACUUGUUAAGAUCUAUUGAUGUUGAUUCAGUUCCAUUGGCUUCAAUCUGAACUCAGCAACUGCAUAUGCAAGUCACUUUUGAGGGCUAAGCAGUUACAUGCUUUGCUUUUAAGGACCCAUCUCUUAGAGGAUCCCUUUUAUGCAACUAAACUUGUUAGGCUCUAUGCUGCCAACAAUGAUAUUCACUCUGCAUACCAAGUGUUUGAUGAAAGUUCUACAAGAAGUGUCUACCUUUGGAACUCCAUCAUUCGUGCUUAUGCUCAGUCCAGUAGAUUUGACAGUGCAAUCUCCUUGUUUAGAACUAUGUUUGGAGCUGAUAUAAGCCCUGACAAUUACACUUAUGCUUGCGUUAUUCGCGCGUGCUGCGACAACUUUGAUUUUGGCAUGCUGAGACUUGUUCAUGGAGCUGCUGUGGCUUCUGGGUUUGGAAUGGACCCUAUUUGCUGCAGUGCUCUUGUGGCAGCAUAUUCAAAGCUUGGUUUUGUUAAUGAUGCACAUAGAGUGUUCAAUGGCAUCGCUGCACCCGAUUUGGUUUUGUGGAAUUCACUGAUUUCUGGUUAUGUGUGCUCUGGCUCUUGGGAGAUAGGGAUGCGUAUGUUUAACUGGAUGCGACAUGUUGGGGGGAAGCCAGAUGGAUUUACACUUGCUGGAUUACUUGGUGGGAUCACAGAUUCUAGCUUGAUGAGUAUCGGCCAAGGAUUACAUGGUUUAAGCUUAAAGAGUGGGCUAGAUUCUGACUCCCAUGUAGGUAGUUUACUGGUGAGUACGUACUCAAGAUGCAAGUGCAUGGCUUCAGCAUAUAGCGUCUUUUUCAGUAUUUUCCAGCCUGAUUUGGUCACCUGGUCUGCUCUUAUUGCUGGCUAUUCGAUGUCCGGAGAGUAUGAGAAGGCAUUGUUCUAUUUCAGGAAAUUAAACAAGGGAAACAAGAAGCCUGACUCUGUUUUGAUUGCUAGUGCAUUGGCUGCUAUAGCUCAGGCAGCGAAUAUAGGACCCGGAUAUGAGAUACAUGGUUAUGUUAUUCGGCAUGGAUUCGAAUCAGAUGUCAAGGUCUCUUCAGCUCUUGUAGAUAUGUAUUCAAAGUGUGGCUUCUUGCACUUGGGAACUCGAGUUUUCAGGAUAAUGCCAGAACGGAAUAUAGUUUCUUAUAAUUCCAUUAUUUCUGGUCUUGGUUUGCAUGGAUGUGCUUCUGAGUCUUUUAAGAUGUUUGAUGAGAUGUUGGCAAAAGGAUUAAUGCCUGAUGAAGCCACAUUUUGCGCUCUCCUUUGUGCUUGUUGUCACGCUGGCCUUGUCAAAGACGGCCGGGAAAUUUUCCAUCGAAUGAAAGAUGAAUUUCACAUCAUGGCUAUGCCUGAGCACUAUGUUUACAUGGUUAAGCUUCUUGGCAGUGCUGGCCACUUGGAAGAGGCUUACAAACUCGUUCAGUCCUUGUCGGAACCAGUAGACAAGGCCAUCCUUGGAGCCCUAUUAUCAUGCUGUAAUUCUAGUGGAAAUUCCAAGAUGGCAGAAAAUGUAGCUCAGCAACUUUUUGAAAGUAAUCCUGAUGAUAAUGCUUACAGCGUUAUGCUUUCUAAUAUAUAUGCAGGUGAUGGGAGGUGGGACGAGGCGAAGAACUUGAGAGACAGAAUAACAGGAGGUCAGAGAAAAAUGCCCGGACUGAGCUGGACUGAAGGAAGUUUCUGCUAAAACAAGAUAGGGUAAAAAUUUGAUAGAUCCGAAGCCUUUGGUCAAAUGUCUUUCCAAGUCACGG